CCUUUUGCAAGUGUUCGGCCACACACUGGUUCUUUGCAACCCAGAAAAGCUAGGCAUGAGAAAAAGCCCACGGUGUCAGCCGGGGGCCACACGGGCGUCGCCGACAGUAAAAUGAGAGCCAGGUUCCCGGAGCCGCGGCUUUCCGCGACUCCAGGCGAUUCCCAGCGCCCUCCCGGGCCCAGGUGGCGGGUGAUGGAGGCCCCGGCGCCCCAGCUAGGGCGCCCAAGGCCGCAGCGGUGCCGGGAAGCCGCUUUCGAGGGCCCGCGGCUCGCUCAAUCAAGCCCAGGCUGGCCCGGCGGAAGGCGGCAGGCGGGAGCAAAUGUCCGCCGAUCCUGGGCGCGGAGCCCGCGCGCGGCGGCGCGGCCCCGCCCUGGCCCCACGCGCUCCGCUCGCAGACGGAUCCGCCCUGAGCCUCCGCGCAGCGACUGCAGCCAGGCCGCUCCCUGCACCCCGAGCUCCCGGCGCCCGGCCCCGCCCCUGCCCCGCGCGCGCUCCACUCCCCUGGCCACCAGGCGCUGCCCGCUGCGUCCCCGUGCCCAGAGCAGUGCGGCUGGAGGAGGACUCCCGGAAGCCCUAGGACUUGAACUUACCCCUGAGGCAACAGGGUUUAGCUUCACCAUGUGUGAGGGACUGAUUGAGAAGUAUGUGGCUGCCAUGGUGCUGAGUGCUGCUGGCGAUGCCUUGGGGUACUUCAACGGCAAGUGGGAGUUCCUCCGGGAUGGGGAGAAGAUUCAUUGGCAGCUGGCCCAGCUGGGUGGCUUGGACGCCAUAGAUGUGGAGACUUGGCGAGUCAGCGAUGACACGGUGAUGCACCUGGCCACGGCGGAAGCUCUCGUGGAAGCCGGGAAGGUCUCGGACUUGACUCGACUGUAUUCCCUCCUCGCUAAGCAUUACCAAGACUGCAUGGGAGACAUGGCUGGCCGGGCGCCAGGGAAUGCCUCAAUGCAGAACUCCAUGCUGCUGGAGCCGGACAAGGCCAAUGGCUGGAGGAUUCCCUUUAACAGCCAUGAGGGCGGCUGCGGGGCUGCCAUGCGAGCCAUGUGCAUCGGUCUCCGGUUCCCUCACCGCAGCCAGCUGGGCACACUGAUCCAGGUGAGCAUCGAGAGUGGCCGGAUGACCCACCACCACCCCACAGGCUACCUGGGAGCCCUCGUGUCUGCUCUUUUUACAACCUAUGCUGUGAGCGGCAAGCCUCCCUAUCAAUGGGGAAAAGGACUGAUGGAGGUGCUUCCAGAAGCUAAAAAGUACAUCAUCCAAUCCGGCUACUUUGUGGAGAAGAACCUUCAACACUGGUCCUACUUCCAAGACCAAUGGGAAAAGUACCUAAAACUUAGAGGGAUUUUAGAUGGCACAUCGGCCCCUACCUUCCCCAAGCCCUUUGAUGUGAAGCAGAGGGAUCAAUUCUACACCUCCGUGAGCUACUCCGGCUGGGGUGGCAGCAGUGGACACGACGCCCCCAUGAUUGCCUACGAUGCCAUCCUGGCUGCAGGAGGCUCCUGGAAGGAGCUCGCCCACCGAGCCUUCUUCCACGGUGGGGACAGUGACUCUACAGCUGCCAUUGCCGGCUGUUGGUGGGGAGUUCUGUAUGGUUUUAAAGGAGUGAGUCCCUCCAACUAUGAGAAACUGGAAUACAGAAACCGGCUGGAAGGGACAGCUAGGGCUUUGUAUUCUCUGGGGUCAAAGGAAGAUACUGUAAGUGCCCUUUAGGGAGAGGUGACAUUCAUUUCUCGUGGUUUCUCCUCUCGUGUAGUCCCCGUUCUUCUUGGUUUCUUUUCACUUUUUCUAGUCAAGAGUCUUAACCUUGUACUCAGGGAAUUUUGACACAAGCUCAGUCUUUCCAAACUCAUCCUGCUCUCCCCGAAUCUAUCCCUCUUCCCAUCCUAAAGAGUCUUUAUCUCAGUUCAUGGGAUCCGCGUCUCCCAAACUAGAAAUCUCAUAGCCUCAUACUGGGGUCUUCAUUUUCAGCAUCUAAUCUUUCGCUAAGUUUUUUCUCUGUUUGUUUCAGGCUGGGUUCCCUCAAAAGUGGACUCUGAGACAAGGAUUUGAGUGCAAGCGAUUUAUUUGGGAGGCGAUUUCAGGAAGCACUGGUAGGAGCAUGAGGAUGUAAGACAGGGAAGGGAAGGGAAGGGAGCCAGUACGAGGUGCGUUAAUGAGCAGGUUACCACAGUGGGUAGUUGGGACUCAGUCCAUCCGGGUCCUCUGCGUAAGGCACUCCUCAGAGUUGUCCCACUCAAGGGGCAAGCAUUUAUCCACGAGCUUCCAUCUGAUGUUGGUUGAGGUCCACUCCCAAGGAUGUUGACUCCCUGGUGCUUCUUGGCCUGCCUCUUGUGCGAGCCAAACACGAAUGUCUUCAGGUGAAGACUCAGAGAUGCUUGCAGUGGCAAGCUGUAAGGUGCAUGGGAACAGUGAGGGGUGUGUGGGGUCCUGACAGCAUUGGCUAGGUGGUUCUACCUCCUAAACAUCCUUUAAAUCUAUCACCUCUUUUACCUUCUUGCACCAAGUAUUUUUCAGCUGGAUUUCUGCAGUCCAAGCUACUUGAGUCUGGGGAGAUGCUGCUCCGAGCUGCCCUCUGAACUUUCCUGGGGUGGCACUUCACAUGUCACCAGUUUUCUUGUCACCUGCUUGUCUUUAUUCUCCUCUAGGCAGAACCUAGCACAUAGGAGAUAUGUCAUCAGUUUCUAUUAGAUGACUUGUCCAUCUCGUGCCUCUAACUCCAGUCUUGCCUUCCUCAUUGCCCUCCGAGUCAUCUUUACAAAUAACAAAUUGAUCAUGUGGAACUUCUGGUCAUGGUCAAGGAAUACCUGUCCCCCUUUCUUCAUUUAUUGGUGCUCUGCCCUCUCCUUUUUCACCUAGUAAGUUCUUAUGCAUCCUUCGAGCCCCAGCUCAGGUAGAAGCUCCAGGUGACACCUGCUCUGAGUGUUCAGGCACUUGCUGGCGUUCUGCUCACUACACCCACAGCCUUCUGUCCUGGCCCUGGCACUGCACUGAUGCUGUUGUGUAGUGAUUGUGUGUCUUUUAGGGCAGUCUCAGGUUCCUUGUGAGGGUUUGUGUCUUGUUCUCUUUGUGGGCUCCCUGCCAGCCCCACGAGAGACAGUCAGUGAACAUUGACUCCGGAAGUUCAUCAAGUUGUGUUGAUGAGUGAUGUUCAUUUCUGUUCCGUAUGCCCUCCCCUUCAUGAUGGCCAAGGGUGAGGUGGCCAGUAGGCGCUGUGAGAGAUGGAGAGUUUAAUGCCUUAACCACGCCUGUGUGCUGACUUACAUGAGACAAGGCUCUCGAUGCUGUAUUUGAAGCAGGACUCCAGCAACAGCAUGGGAUUUAUAAUUCUUUUAUACAUAAAGGGAGAAGGGAAUUCCAAAGCUCUUUUUCUGGCUAAAAAAACUCUCCUAUGUAUUUACAUAUUUCAGGAAACAGACAUGUCACUUGAAAUAUUACAACUAGGACACAGAUUCUUCAGCAGGACAACCAAUCAGAAAUGGAGACUUCUGGGAGGGGUGGGUUACAGUUCACAGAACAUAGGAAUGCUCUCUUAAAUUCAGGUGUCUUAGGCCAGCCCAGUGGCCGAGUGGUUAAAUUCGCACGCUCCCCUUUUGUGGCCCAGGGUUUCGCUGGUUCAGAUCCUGGGUGUGGACAUGGCACCACUCACUGGGCCACACUGAGGCAGCGUCCCA